UGGGUACGUAGUUCCGGUUUUCUCUCUUUUCAGCUGCGGCGCCAACGUCAGAAACAUGCCUCUCGCGAAGGACUUGCUGCACCCAACUCCAGAGGAGGAGCGGAGGAGGCACAAGAAGAAACGUCUCGUGCAGAGCCCCAACUCCUAUUUCAUGGACGUCAAAUGCCCGGGUUGCUAUAAGAUCACUACAGUUUUCAGCCAUGUGCAGACAGUAGUACUGUGUGUAGGGUGCUCCACAGUUCUGUGCCAGCCCACCGGAGGAAAAGCGCGCCUCACAGAAGGGUGCUCGUUCAGGAGAAAGCAGCACUAGUCAGUCUCUCUCCGACCUGUCUGUGAGGACGAAGGAGACCAAAGCAGGAGGGAUGGGACUGGUACGAAGGCCGUGGAGUGCCGGCCGAGGGGGGCCCCACUCCAACGCGAGGGGUGCCACCUCCAGCCUGGGCCCUGUUGCACUGCUCAUCUGCCAGCCUGUUUCUCUUGUUUAAAAUAGUUAAAAUAAAGGGUUGUUUUUUCGUUA